AUGGGCAAGGACGAUCCCAAACCUAUCAAGACGGCUGAUACGUAUUUCUUUCAGUACUUCGUUGCUUUCUCAGCUUCCCUGUUAUCCUUUUCGGUGAAUGUUGCGUAUGGAUGGACAUCACCAACGCUUCCUCUAUUGAUGAAUCCUGAUAAAUCUCCAAUACCCAUAACUAGCGAUGAAGGGUCGUGGAUUGUUGCCAUUUAUGUUAUCGGAACAAUUGUAAUAACGAUACCCGUGGCUUAUUCGAUGGAAAAACUUGGUCGUAAAAUAACACUUUUGCUUGGAGCUGUUCCACUAGUCAUCGGAUGGAUAUUGAUUGGUGUUAGUCAGUCCGUUACGGUAAUUUAUAUUGCCCGAGUAUUAUGUGGAUUUACGCAUGGAUUAAGUUAUUCCGUGCUGCCGAUGUAUUUGGCCGAAAUUGCGUCGGAUAAAGUUAGGGGUUCAAUUACAAUCAUGUUGACGGUCAUGGCUAAAUUUGGUAUUUUAUGCUCGUAUGCUAUUGGAUCGUAUACAGAUUACCGAACAACGGCUUGGAUAGGUAUGGCACCUCCUAUUGUGUUCGUAAUAUUCUUCAUAUGGUUACCAGACUCUCCGUAUUUUCUGAUUGGAAAAAAUCGAGACAAAGAUGCUUUGAUAAGCUUAGAAAAGCUCAGAGGUCACAAAGAUGUCCAAAGUGAAUAUGAGAUGAUGCACAGUGCGGUUAGAAAGUCUGAAGAGAACAAAGGAACGUUCAAGGAAAUCAUGUCAUGGGACAAUUUGCAUGCUAUUGUCAUCAUUUUGGGUCUCGCAGCCGUACAACAGUUGUGCGGUAGUCAAGCUGUUAUAUCGUACGCACAAAUCAUUUUCGAUGAAGUCGGCAGUGACCUUGGAGGAGCUGAAAGUACGAUUGUCUUAGCUGUCGUUCAGUUGGCAGCAGCUGCCCUAUCUUCGGUCACCGUUGAUAAAUUUGGGCGGAAACCGUUGCUAAUGUUUUCGGUGUUGGCUCCAGCGAUUUGUAAUACAAUUGUCGGUGUCUACUUUUAUUUACGUGCCAAUGGUCAAGAUGUUAGCGGACUGGCAUGGCUUCCGAUGACAGCGAUAAUGAUAUUUAUUGUUGCAUACUCGCUUGGUCUUGCAUCUGUUGCGUUUGUUGUAUUAGGUGAAGUGUUCCCGAAAAAUUUGAGAGCAACAGCUGGUGCUGUUUUCACGAUAUUCGCUUCGGCCAUCGGUUUUGGUGUGGCGAAAAUGUUUCAAAUUGUCUCAGAUGACAUUGGAAUUUACGCUACGUUUUGGAUUUUCGCCGGAUUCAGCUAUCUGUUCGUUCCGUUCAUUUGGUUCGUUUUACCGGAAACCAAAGGGAAAUCGUUGGACACGAUCCUAGAAGAGCUGCGACCGAAAAAAAGGGCAACGAAAAUGAUUUAGAAUCUUAACAUUGUAGUGAAUCGAAAUAAAGUAAACUAGAAAACUGUAAC